UGAUUCCGAGAUGUAUCCGUCUGACGUUAAGGCUCAGAGAAGGGCACAGAUAUCUGCAGAGGAAAAAAUCCAAAGAGUCAUGGCUGAACCUUGACAUCUGCACUUUUCAGAUAUUAACCCAGCUCACAUUCAAGGCUCCGUUUGUAAUUUGGAAAGUGGCCAGCGUUCAUCUAGCCCCCCUCUGUAUAAUCAAGCUGAAAAUGUCUCAUUGUGUGCUCCCAGCACCGAUCCCUGACCUACUGUGGGGGCGAUUCACCUCUGAAAAGGACACUUGUCUGUCAUGUUGUCAACACUUUGGAUCUGGACUGUGGUUAAUAAACAGCAGCCAUGUACUUCAUGUACUUUUUAGUCAUAGGUUGCUAAGAAACACUCGUCUUAUUAGGCACACUACAUGUGAGCCACAUGCUCAGGUAGUCACGUUUUAGUUUUAGAUUGACCUUGAAAUAUUUUAAGGGUUUAAUUUAUUUGUUACAUUUCUCGAAAUCUGUCAAAAACAUGUUUAGACCAAAAAAUGAUAUUGCUAUUUAUUUGGCAAACAGCAAACUGAGUUCACAUACUCGAUUUUAAAGCCGGCACGCUGAACUUCUCUGAAAAGUCAGGAAUGAAUCAAGCGUAACAUUCGACCACUAAUAUUUUCAGCUUUUUUGUAAAACAGUAAAAUUGAAAUUUCAUGCUUAGAGACAUUAGUUUUAUUUUAGCAUUAAAAAUAGGAUUUGGAUUAAAGCGAGUGAGCUUAACAUUAAUUAUUAACAAUUACAGAAACAUAAAAAAUUACAAAAAUUGUUAAUUUACAGCAGUUGUGGCACAAACCUUGCAUGGAUGGUGGUCUAAUAAAUUUGUUAAGUGUUGUAUAUGGCAUAAUAUUUUUGUCUAAUAUUUCUACAGACUGUAGAGAUCAUUUUAAUUUGAGGUUUUUAAUUAAAAAGUCCUUCUAUGAUUGGUGAUAUAACCAGCUGAAUGGGUGUGGUCUUUCUCAGUUUGGUGAUGGUGCACAUCAUCCCACAGUCAGGCUGCAAUUCAAAUAUCCGGAUAUUUACAACUUCUCCAACUUCUCCCUUUGAUAGCUUAAGCUCAGCUUUAAAGAAGUAUAUUAUUGCAACAAUGAUGUAAGAUCAUUAUUAGCAUGUUAAAGAAUACUGUUAAGAUCAUAAUGAGGAUUUUAAAAUCAAAACAUCCAGGAUAAAGUAAGGCACCAAAGGCAGGGGGUUGUUUUGUCACUGUGGCUGUGUGUCAGUGCAGCUGGGAAUGGCUCUUGGAGUUUUUCUCCUUUGAAAAUGAGGGGAAAGAGGGGAGGGGUGGUGAAUAAUUGAUAGUGGCUGAGAGCGAUAUGAGUUUAGUUAAUGUGCCCAGCAGCGCAGGCUAAGAGAGGAGCUGUUAGCGAUUUCACCUCAGGCCUAAAAACCCAGGCGGUGGAAAAAGCUUCAGCUUUAUCCUGGGUUAGCGGUCGCUUUUUAGUCAUUCAUCUUUCCAUCUUUAUAUAUUUCUUUUUAGAGCACACAGUCCAUCAUGUGGGACGGCGGGCGUGUGUGCGUUCUGUAUGUUUCUCUUAAUUUGCAUGGGUCUAAGUGUGCGUACGUUUGGAGGCAUCUGCACAGCUGGAUCUGGCCGGUAGCGGUGUUGUUGCAGCCCUCUGGUUCCUUUCUCUGAGUGGUAAUAGAGUGCUGCUGUCAGCCUCCCCAGAUGCUGCUCCAUAAGGACCCUCAACUCGCCAGGAGAGUUUCGUGUUCACACUGCGAGUAUCGGCUUCUGCACGUUUCUACUUUCUCUGAAGAUAAAACGCUGCAGUUUACAGUCAGACUUGGAGGAAGUUUGUAAAGAGAGCUGUACAUAUGCCAACUUUUCUGGUAAUUUAGGAGCAUGUGCAGCAAGUUUAAUUAAAAAAAACAGAGUCUAGAAUAUAAAUACGUAUACUUAAGAAAACAAAAAGCAAGAAAAAAACGACUAAAAGAAUUAAUUUCAGGCAUUACAGCCUCUGAAUCGUUUGUGAUCUUCAGAUUAACAAGCUAACGCAGUGCCAUACUCGGUACUAUAUUUCUGAGCAGCAGAAGACAAGGCCACGAGCCAUUUUAAAUUCAUAUCAAACUGUGGCUCAAUAAGUUCAAAAUGCAGCACAAUAAUUUAUUAUUGGAAGUCUAAUACUUGGAAAUAACAGACGACAGAGUGCGGUGACAAAAUGUUCCCAUUGAUUGUUGAUUCUGCUGCUGCAAGUUUAGAUUGCUAACUGAGUUAUCCACAGCUUUACAUGAGAACAUUUAUAAUUGUAACAUCUCUUCGGAUGAGUGAUACUUCUCUGUGAACUGUUAACCUGCAACCAAUCUAACACUUUGAAACAUGCUUUUCUGGGAAAACAUGCAAACUCAACCCUGCUGCACUUACUGUGGUGCCAAACAGGAGAACAGUGGUUUUGUUUUUGAUAUUUGGUCUCAUAUUAACUGCAGUUUUGUCACUGUAGUCCAAAAAAAGUUGUUGUUUCCAUCUGUGAUGAUUUAUAUGUAGCAGUGUGGUUCUGUAAUGGGGCCUUCACUCUCUUCCACAAGCAUGCAUGGACAUCACAAGAGGGCAGAGCAGCAGUGAUGACGGAGACACUACACUCCCAAAAGUGCUCACCUGUCUGCUUUCACACACAUAUGAACUUUAGUGAUAUUCCAUUCUUAAUCCAUAAGGUUUAAUAUGAUGUCCAAUAACUGCUUCAACUCUUCUGGGAAGUAUUUCCACAGGUUUAGGAGUGUUUAUGGGAAAUUCUGACCACUCUGCUGCACAAGUAUUGAUGAAUUUAUUAAUAAUAGAGUACUACAAUCUCUUCAAUUCAAGAAUAAAACGUAUAUAAUAUAAGUUUAGACCCUUUAGUUAUUUCAAAAAUCCCCUUUUCUGUCCUGUUAUGUUUAUUUUGAGUAAUUUUGCAUGCAACAUUUAUAUACACUCAUGCAAAGGUGAAACAUUUAAACCUCUUUAAAAAAAAGAAAGUCAGUGAGACGCUAAUAAGACACUGAAUCAAAUGAAGAGGAAGGAGACAAUUCUCAUUCUGCACAUUUAAACUUAACAGGAGAAACUGACACUUUGUCCGAAGUGUUCCUGUAGUUGGAGUGAAAUGCUUCCUUACUCUCUGGGAAAAAACAAGAAAAAACCCUGACAUCUGCUCCCACGUGGCCACACUAAGAAGUGAGGGAUCUUUGUUUCUCCAGCUUCUCUUCCUUCUCUAGUUCCUCCUCGUGUCACAGUGCACUCCUGUCGUUCCUCCUGAUUUACCAGACAUCCUCUUUCCCCUGCUGUCACAUUUGGUACAGAUGGUUAGGCUCUAUGGAGUGGCCUGUCAGUCUCCAUUUGGCCGCCUCUGUGUGACAGCAGGCCCGAUGGCUCGUGAAGGGCCCCCGACUUUCCCGGCACACGGACACUGACAUUUCUCAAAGGGGCUCGCGUGCGUGCUUCCCACCCAGCCCGAAGAGAGAAACGAAGAACCUGAAGUCGACCCAAAGCCCGCCACAGGCUACGAGAGUAAGGGACGGAUGGAGGAGGGAGAAUGAAAGAAGGGGUGAAGAGAGGAGACUGAGAGGCUGGGAUUAGAUUUAGGAGAGGAGUGAGAAUGUCCGCGUUUACAUGCACAGACAUGAAUUCGAAGCUGUAAAAGCUCUUGAUAAGGCAAUAUUUUUGCAUAUCCAAAAACCUGUUGAUAAGUGGAGACUUUUCAGAUGAAACUGGAGGACAAACCUGACCCAAAACAGGCAAAUCUAAAUGUACUGUAUACAGGCUCAAAGGCUGCUCUGAAAACUCAAAUCAUGUCAGCAUAUCUCUCACCUGGAAAAUACUGCAAACAUCCUAAUCUGGAAUACAUAAAAGGAAUACACUGUUUACACGUCUUUUAUUAAACUGGGAAUAUGUGCAUGCAAGCGUCAUGUCUAAGUCACUGUUCGUGGAUGAGAUUCGUAGCGUACACCACCCGUUCCCCGACACGCUGCACUGAUCAUCCUCAGCACAGGUUCCUUAAACGUAGCUGGUGAUGGAGGUGAAGACGGGUGAAGCGGAAACAGCCACUAACCACUCCACAACACACACCUUUACCUCCACUGUGGACUUUAACGCUUAGCAUACACAAGAUAAGAUGAAAAGAAGGAAUAUUUUCUGGUGGCUUUUGAUUAUUAAAAAUUUAAGGCUUCUAAUUAAAACCACAGAUAUUAGAAUCAAGGAAGUUUUAAACAAUUUUUAGGUAAAAAGCCUAAAAAUAGUUCAUUCAUAAGAGCUUUUUCUCAUAAUCCAAUAUAAUAAAAUACUGAAUAUCCAGAGUCAGCCUUAGAAGUCAGUCUUCUUAGUAUUACGUAUCAGUUAUGGAGGAUUUAACCCUCUCUGUCCUCUGUUACAUUGUAACAAGAAGCCAUCUCUAACCUAACCUUUGCCAGCAUUGUGUAAAUUGUUACAUUGCAUUCUGACUGCAAGGUGGAGACCACACUUGACAAUCCAGAGAGGUGGAGAGGGGGGGAGCAAACAGGGUGGAGAGGGGGGGAGCUGCUGUAUUGUAGCGCCUCAGGGUAAUGCUCCCAGUCAAUAUAUAUCUCCACACUCGCUCCUGCGCUCCCAUUUGAGCGGGACGCGCUGCCCUGCCGCUGCAGAGGAGUGACAGACAGCCACACCGGGACGCUCACUUUAGAACUUUUUCUCAGAGGGAGUGACAGCUCACCCCAGCUAUCAUCUUAGGUACAGCUGCAAUUUUACCAAGAAGAUGCUCUUCUUCAUCGCCACCUACCCGCAAAAUUAAGGAAAACCUCACAACAAAUGAAAUGUACUCUGACGCAAAAGAAAUAUCUCAAAGUCUAGCUUGAAUUGUCAAAAUUUAAAUCACACGCUCUUUAGAAAUAUCAAGACUCAACCAUGUCCAAGGAUGACACCUGCAAAGUCACGUCAGCCAGCAAACACAAGGAGCGCAAGCCAAAGAAGCCUCACUACAUCCCCCGGCCGUGGGGCAAACCCUACAACUACAAGUGCUUCCAGUGCCCCUUCACCUGCAUGGAGAAGUCUCACCUGUACAACCAUAUGAAGUACAGCCUGUGCAAGAACUCCCUGUCCCUGCUUAUAGAGUCAGAUUGGCCGUAUAAAAAGGGCAACAUCCUGCACCCAGAGCAGCUCCGGCCCUUUCAGCAGGCCCACGGCCUGCACGCUCCCGGAAAGGAUGCGCUAGAGCAGGUGAUUCGCACUGAGGAAAGGCAGGGUCAGAGGAGGUCUGCGGAGGAGGAUGGCGAGGGCAGAGACACCCAGGGACCAGAAGAUGAAGAGGGGCGAGGAGAGGGAGUAGUAGAGAUCGCUGGGCUGAUCAAAGAAAGCUCCGGUGAUAGCGACAGAGGUGAAGCAGCAGAAAGCACUAGGAAGAAAACCAAACAGCCAGAUUCAGAGCUUGAUGACAUGCUCUCCCUCGAAGAUCAGUUUUUACGCGCCCGCUCUGUGGAGGUAGAGGCCCAACUGAGACAUUAUAAGCUAUCAAAGACAUGCCUAACAGCUCCCGGGUUACUGUCGGAGCAGUGGCGGCUGCUGGCAUCCAGCCACACUAAGGCCAAAGCUGAAGGUCCUCAGCCUCGAGUGAAUAAUUCAAUCCCCUGUUACCCCCCACCACCAAACCUGGUGGAUUACCAGGACCCCACUGGGCUUAACCUUUCAGUGCUUGGGGUAGGUUAUCCUAUCAGCCCUGGCAUUUUCUCCUACAUGAACUCAGCUAUUCCCACCGCAGCCUCCGGUGUCACGGCCCAGACCCACGCACAGCUCGCCCAGCUCCCCUUCCUGGCCUCAGCCGCUCAGCUGAUACACCCAGCCUCCAGCGCACAUGCAGAUCGAGCUCUCAUCCCCCCUCGACUAUACUACCCCUUCCUGUGCGAGCACACAUUCGGACAGGCGUCCAGUCAGAGCGACGCAAGCAAGCCUCUCAAGACAUCAACAAACACGCUAGAAGCAAGUCCUCUGUCCAGCUUCCAGCCCAAAGUCAAUCUGUGGAAAGUGCCUGCUGUGAGGCCGGGAUCUACCAUCACUCCCGCUGGCUGGGUGUCACCUCAGAGAGACUCCCCCGAUCAGGGCUACAGGCUGGGGGAUAAACUGCAGGCUGCAGCCAAGGAAGGCAGAGCAAGCUGGGGUCUGAAGAGGGCAGGAGCUCCUUUAAGAAACCAAGAGGCCCCUGCAGAGAAGAAGCCAAACUUGGGCUUGACUUUAGACCUUCUGAAAAAUAUUCAAACUGCAUCGACUCUUAAUGUGGGGACAGACAAACUUCUCUUCUCUUCGGACAGUUUGCAGGAUGCUCAUGUUCAAGGUCGGCCCACUGAGCUGUGGUACAACGAUCCUCUCACCAGCCCCACCAGCGAAACAUCCUCUCUGUCAACCUGUGGAAGACCCAACAGCCAGGACUCAGCUGCCGCCAGGACAAUCGGGGCGUCUGAGUCAGUCGCUGCUCUGCUCGGUGACCUCUCCAAGGCGCUGCAGGAGUACCACGAGGCCGAGCACAAAAUCUCCCACCUAGAGAAGGAAGACCUUCCUGCCCAGAGACAUCUGUGGGAGCACCUUAACAAAAUCCGCAGCGAGCUUUCUCACAUUCACCAGGCUUUGGAGCGAACAGCUCGCCAGAGCGACGGGCCUCUCGACCUGUCGGUAAAGAGGGACUCGACGGAGUCGGUUGGCGAUCAGAGCAGGAGGGAAGAUGGGGGUCUUAAGGAAAACGCAACUGAGACAGAGGAGGAGGACGAGGAGCUGAUAGAGAGAAGAGAGGACGAGGAGGACGAAAGCGAGAGGAAGGUGAUAAGGGCUUCACUUGAGAGUCGUAAACAGUCGCUGGACAUGCUGAUCAAGAUGAGUCAGGCGUCAGUGGUGAACACGGAGGUCCUCUCUCCUGGUGGCCUUGGCCUGAGGCCCAGUCCUGCUGAGGCUCUGUGGGCAAGCAGAACCACCAAGUGUGAGGCAGACUCCAGCGUCCUGCUCUGCCCCGACGGCCGAUCAGUAGUGUUCACCGACAUCCCCUCCUCUGCCAAACCCCCAAAGAGACCCCCAUCCAUACAGCAACUCGAAGCCCACUGUCCCCCAAGCCCUUUAACAGCUACCGACAACUGAAGCUCUGCUUGCUCCUCUGGCUGCAAAAUAACCGAACCCAUCCAGCAGUUCACGUGUAGUUUUGUUUUUGGUUACUGGCAUGCCUCAAACUUUCAUCGGCUGGAAAAAAAGAAGAAAAGAAAGACUGUCGCUGUUUUUCUCAGUUGUUCACAGAACCUUUUGCACCUUAUAAAGUAAACAGAGAAUGAAUGAAAAGUCUGAAGGAGAAGGAUUUUUUUUCUGAUACACUAAAGGACGUUUAGACAUUUUAAAAAUGUUACAUCAGCAUUUUUUUACAGGCGAAUUUAAACAGUCGUGCACAUUAAUGAUCAUGACGAGAGAUAAUCCUCUGAGCUGAUUUGUAAAUAUUGUACUGAAAAUAAAUGUAAUUAAUGUAAAAUGUUUUAAAGGCUAAUGUUUUUAUAUGGAUGAUGUCAUGUUGGGCUGAAAAUAAAAUGGAUUA